CCUCCACAUUCAGUAAUCUGACACCGACACUAACCCCUAAAAGCAAAGGAUGGAUUCCCCACUUCAUUCGUAAAAAUAGCUCAGCCAGAGCCGACGAGAAAACACGGCCGAGCGGGGGGCAAACAUCUGAACGCGUGUGCUCGCGCGCAUCCAUCUUUAAAGUGACUUUAGUUUUUGUUUAAAUGUUGACUAAAAAGUUUUUAUCUAAAGAGGCGGAUGGGUGACGACCGUUCUCGGCGCUUCCAUGUGAGGAGACGAUGAAGAAUUACAGCAGCAGUCCCCGUCUGAACAAUCACAGCACGGAUCGGAACAGCAGGAAGAGAUUCUGGUCCUCGGCUCUCGGGCUUCGCUUCUCUCUGCGCGAUUAUGGUUUCUGCAUGGCCACACUGCUGCUCUUCUGUCUCGGCUCACUGUUUUACCAGCUGAACGGAGGACCCCCUAAAGUUCUGCUGGAGAUCAGGCAGUAUCUCGGAGAAUCAACUUUUGUUGAUGACCAUGGGCCUCCUACACCAAGGGAGCUGCCAUUUCCAAGUCAGGUGAUCUACAACAGGGUUGGCAAGUGUGGAAGUCGGACAGUCGUCCUGCUGCUGAGGAUUCUGGCAGAAAAGCACCAGUUUAACCUGGUGUCCUCUGACAUCCAUAACAAAACCAGACUAACAAAACAUGAGCAGGUGGAUUUGAUGAGAAACAUUAGCACUAUUCCGCAGCCUUUUUUGUACACCAGACAUGUUCACUUUCUCAAUUUCACAAGAUUUAGGAUAGAACAGCCUGUCUAUAUAAACAUCAUCAGGGAUCCCAUUAACCGUUUCCUUUCCAAUUACUUUUUUCGUCGUUUUGGGGACUGGAGAGGGGAGCAGAAUCACUUGGUCCGCACACCCCAGAUGAAAGAUGACGAGAGAUAUCUGGACAUUAACGUUUGCAUCAUGGAGAACUACCCAGAGUGCUCUAACCCACGUCUCUUCUACAUCGUUCCAUACUUUUGUGGACAACACCCUCAGUGCAGGGAGCCGGGUGUUUGGGCUGUGGAGAGGGCCAAACAAAAUGUUAUAGAGAACUUCCUACUUGUAGGAAUUCUGGAAGAGCUGGAGGAUGUAUUGCUCCUGCUGGAGAGACUCCUACCUCACUACUUCAGUGAUGUCCUAUCCAUCUACAAGAGUCCUGCAUUUUGGAAGAUGGGGAACCUUACAGGAACAGUGAAGAAGCACGUGCCCACUCUAGAGGCCCUGCAGGUGCUUUACCAAAGGAUGAAGUAUGAGUAUGACUUUUACAAUUUCAUUCGUGACCAGUUCCAUCUCACCAAGAAGAAGAUCGGCCUCAAGUCCGCCUCCCAGAACUCUAAUCAUGAACCUGACUUUCUCCGUGAGCUUGCCCUCAGGACCCAUGAGCCUUUGGAGGAGGAGGAGGAGGAGGAGGAGGAAGAAGAGGAAGAGGAGGAAGAAGAGGACAUGGGGCAGGAAGAUGCCAACAUCUGGUUGGUUCAGCCCUGAGUAAUAGCCAUGGAGGUGUAGGCAUGGCAGAUAUCUCAUAAGCUUGAUGUCUACGUCCAGUUGGGAGGUAGAGUCAAAAUUCCCAAAUUAAAUUUGGGUGUGUAACCCCUGUUUUAAAUGGGACGGCCCUGCAAGACACUGUCAAUAGGAGCACAGAAGGGUCUGAAUAAUUAUUUAAGGAGCCAGCGAUUGUGGCAGAAUGAUUUUGUUCAUGUUUGUGAAAUUGAGUUGCUUAUGGUCAUUUCCUGGUGAGAUGAUACAAGAUUGAAAUUACAGGGAUUUUGUUGGAUUGUCAGAAUGGAGGGAUGAACUAAUUGUGGUAUAACAGACUGCUGUGGAAGUCUGAUUUUUAGGCACUACUCCUGUACACCUGGAUCCUGGGUGAUCGGACUUAACACAUCGAGAUACUUUCACAUGUAAACAAAUUCAGACUACGCUACAGAGGCAAGUGAGGAUCACAACAACGUGCCAAACCUUCAAAGUGCCAAGGAUUACUUCACUAAGCCUAGAAGCUGUAGCUGUAAUCACUGUAAACAACUCAAAAACACCAAUCAGCUUUCAUUAUCGUCAUCUCAUUGUCACUCGCUUCCCCCUCUGGUUCCAGAAACCUGCCGCAACUCUGUGCCAGAAUUUCAUUGCUAGACUUUUUUGAGAGGAUCUUUUUAUAUUGUACAUGUAAAGUGUUGUACAAAGAAUCAAAAACUUUUGAAUGCCUGCAAGAUGUCAAAUGCAGCACACUGUUCAUCUAAAAUGUUUGAUGUGGAUGUUAAUCAUUUCCUCGCCUUGUCAGUGUGUCAACUGUUGUGUUCAGUCAUUUUAUAAAAUUGGGCCUUUAAGUUCC